GAUAAAAUCGAAAUUACCAAUCAAACGGCCGUCCACCGUCGACGGAAACUUCAUAAGAACGGGAUUUGCUCAACACAAUCGGAUUAGUACGAGCAGUCGGUCGGAACGGGAAGAGAACAACGGAAAAAAUGGACGUGUAAUACAGAAAAGGCUGGAAAUACACGAGGAUUCUUUGGAAUUGGAGAGUGUGAAGAGCAGUGAAACUGGUGAAACAAGUAACGAACAUUCUGGAAAUCACGUGAAUAGUGUUAGAACUGGACUUGUUGAAAAUGUUGAUAAUAGUGUAAACCAUGAAAAUAAUGUAAGUAGCGAAAAUAAUGACGAUAUUUUUGAACUUCUAAAGGAAAGUACGAAGCUUAAAGUUAGAAGACAGACUUUGACAAUUAAAGAUAAACGAGGUAAUUUGUUGAAAGAGCGUCACAGUUACAAACUAUCUUACGAUCGGGAUAAGAGUGGUGGCAGUGAGUAUGCAGUACAGAAAGACACUGGUGAGUUAACGGAGAAAAACGAUGCGAAUUUAAAGACAGUCCAUGAUAUUACACAAGGCAUAAAUACUGGUAACGUAAGAACUCCGAUAGAACACAUUCAAAGAAGCCUUACUGAGUCAACUGAUAUUUCGUCGACCGUGUUUAAUCCGAAGCCACAAAAACAUAGACAAGCUGGGAAAAAUGAAUCUUUUAAAACUAUAAAGUCAUUUAAUCAAAAUAAUAAACUGAAAUCAGAACCAAGCUCCGACGCAAAUGCCUUUAACAGGACGGGAACUGUACACUCUGUUCCUUUGUUAACUGCUGGCCGGUUCGCUGUAGUUAUUUCAAAAGCACCCGAUGACUUUUCGUAUAAUCCAUCACCUAACAGAGAGAGAAUAGCUACACUAAGCGCGCACAAUCAAGCAAAUUAUAGAGAACCUUCUGUACCACUGGUACCGUCUCGUCGUCUAGUUCUGUCCGGAAGGUCUACUGGAAUACUGAAAGACGUCAGUCCUCGUGGUUUUUCAAAAUCACAUUCCGAAGCCAAAGCUGCAGAUAUUUCCAAAGAAGGUACGGAUCUCAGCCUUCCUCCUCCAAAUUUUAAAGCAACACUUUUCAGUAAACCUCGGUUUGUCUCCACACCUAGAAAGGCUCCACGAUAUUCGCCACAAAGCAAACUCCAAUCAACCGAUUUGAAUCGGUCCAAGACGAUAGGAGAACAUGUAGAACCAUCAGAUGUAACGACAAUGAAAACAUUCGGUUUAGACCAUAAUCCUGUUAAACGGUUAAGUGCUGAUGGAACUUUCAUAACUGAGGCCGGUAUAUGGGCGAAACGGUUUGAAAGACUAAAUUCGACAGAAAGUAUCCGAAGCCAUUACGAUAAAACGGAAAGAGCUACGUUUGGUGACGUCAUUGCUACACCAUCUUCGAUUGGGGAGAGGAAGAACGAGAAUAUGGAAUCAAAACGAGAGGUUUUUAAGUUGAAACCAAAACGUCACAAACGCGCUUCAAAGGGUAUUCCCGUCUUUACGACGGAUAAAAAAGGCGCUGCAUUUCUGUCCCCUCAUGCAAAUAAUGUUGUUGGCACGAGAGAGACAUUUGCAGCGCCUGUGUAUGAACUAGUGAACGACAGAGCUGAUAUCUUUUCUGAAAGUGACAAGAAGGCCAGGCUACAACAGGCUCAGUACAUUUCUGACGAUCUGAAGAUUAUGAAAACAAAGCUUAAAGACAACGCCUUUGUAGUGAGACAUUUAGAUUCAGAGUUAAGGCGAAAACUGGAGCGGAAGAGGAUACUGAACCCGUUGCGAAUCAAUAAGACUGUAAAUAAGAAAAUUAGUGGUGCAGCUAUUAAAAUUGGUGCUCAACGAAUUGAUUCCAUAAAUCAAACUAACUUGACAGUUGUCAAAACUGUGAAAUCAAAAAAAAUGUCCGAUAAAUUAGAGACAACAGCACUCAGACAAAAGCAAACUACUGUGUGGAAAUUACAUCCAAAGAUUCAUCGUAAGCAAACUAUUCCACAAGUGGAAAAUAAUCCUAAUAGCGACGUCAAACAUUUAAACGCUUCUUCUAAUGUUUAUAAUCUAAACAGUAAAGUGGCCACGUGGGUCUUAGAUUCCGCGCAUGCGCAGGAAUCGACGCAUGCGCUUAAACGGAAUUCAUUGGAGAACAUGGCGAGAAAUUCGUUUUCAAAAAGUGUUUCAACAUCUAGACAUUGGACCAAACAGGCAAAACGACAAUCACAAACCCAUCAAAGGCCUCUUGAUGUGGAAUCGAAGAGCUCAAAAAGUAGUCUGAAUCUCAUAAACGCGGGAUUGUAUAUGCCUAUCCAGAGACGGAAACGGAAGAGACCCCCAUUCAGAUUGAAAAGACUGUACACCAAAGUCGGGAAAACCAAAGGAUACGAGAGCGAGAUUCCCGUUCUUUAUAGCGACGAUGAGGAUGUGUAUCCGGAACCCCGGCCGCUUACGGACACGGAGCGCAGCAGGUACCCCAACUAUCGCCGCUACGAAGACGAUGGAAAUCCGUUCCGAAUAAACUUCCGCGACCCCGCUCAUAAGAAAAUAGGCCGCACAACCGGUGCGCUUGUAAAAUUCUUCCGCAACGGUGACGCGGAUCAUAAAGGAGUGCCUUUAACUGUAAAUCGGAGUUUUCGGAACAUUGAAACGCUGCUUGUGUACCUGAACGACAAGAUCCCGACUUCGACAGGCGUGAAAUACAUUUUCAAAUGGCCCGAGGGAACGGAAAUGCGGAGCGUCACGGAGUUUCAAAACCGCUGCGUGUACGUGGUGUCCAGCACGAAACAGCUGCGGCGUGACAUCAACUACGGAGACUCGCGCGAGGAAUUCUGGUCCAACAAAAAGCCGUCCGCGGGAAUCCGGAAGAAAGAAAUAGAACUCUACAAGAAGCCGCUGUCGCCCAAGGAGUCUCCGGUACGCAACGCGCCGCUUAUCGUCACCAUCAUCAACAAUCUGUCACGUGACCAUCGCGAGAAGGUCAUUCUCAACCCUCAGACGCAGCAGACGUUCGAGGAGUGGCUUGAUGACGUCAGCAACCAUGACAUGCCCGUACGGGCGCUCUUUUCCGAAAAACCGCCACACGUCGAGAUCAAGAGUUUCUCGCAGCUGUUCCAUGCGCUGCGCAUGAACAGCAACUUUAUCGCGUGCGGCGACGAGCUACUUCCGGUGGAAAUGGCGAAGAAGCGGGAAGCGCCCAGUAGCAACUCCAGCACCGAUUCCAUCAACGAGUCCCGCAACCGGAAGAAGAAGGCUGCUAAGCAACAGGAAAUGGGACAGAUUUUCGAGAAUCGGACGGCCGGAAUCUCCGUCGUCGACAGCAAUGUCUCGUUACGACUACGGGCCGCGGUACUCUUUGGCGACCGGUCCCGUCGGCAUCCGAGGGAAGCCACUGGAGAGCCGACGAAACCUGCGGGAGGCCGUGGAAAUAGAAAUAGAUGGGGUUAUGAGAGACUGCUGUUCUGCCUUUUCACAGAGUUCUACCCCCCGUCCUAUGUGGACCCUGCCGACGACGGCCUUAAGCCCGACAAGACGCUGAAAUGCGACUGGGUGUACGGAUUUCGUGGCCGUGACGCGCGUCACAACUUACUGGUUCUACCCCAGACCGGUGAGCUAGUGUACUUCGUGGCCUCGGUCGUGGUUCUAUACAACAGAGAGCGGGACUCCCAGCGACACUACAUCAAACACAACGAGGAAAUCAUGUGCAUGUCCCUCCAUCCCAACCAGUACCUGAUUGCCACUGGGCAGAUGCACGGCAAGGAGCCGGAACACGCUUCUCACAUCCGGGUCUGGCACGGUGUUAACCUCAGCACGUACUCGGUGAUCGGACUCGGUGUAUUCUACGGCGGCAUUUUAUCCGUUGGCUUCUCCAUGGAAGGUUCUGGAAGUUUCUUGUGCGUUCUGGACGGAAGUGAGAAGCACGUGCUCAGCGUCUGGGAGUGGCAGACGGAGAAGAUCGUUGCAAGGACAACGACAUCAACUGACCCGGUCCACGGAUGUUGUUUCUAUCCGGAUGGUAAAAACAACAGUAUAUUGAUUACGUAUGGCGCUCGUCAUAUCUACUUUUGGAAGAUUUUCUAUGACGUGGCAAGAAAAAAGGAGGCAAAGAUCCUACGGGACAGAAACAGCGGCAUCUUUGAGGAAGAGGUUCCCAAGACCAUCAAUUGUCUGGCGUUCCUCCCUUCCGGUGAUGUCAUAUCGGGGGACUCCAACGGGAACCUGAUGCUGUGGGACCGUGACCCCACUGACGCCUUCACGUGCCGUUACGCCAUACAGGGGCAUCAGGGCCCAAUAUCUGCCGUGUGCGUGCUCGAGGACGGGACGCUCCUUUCCUCUUCCGGGAGUGAAAUCAAGGCAUGGGACACGAAUGCUAAUUUCCGGUCGGUUAAAACUCGUCAGAUACCACCAGAGGCGGGCAAUGUACGCUCAAUCAUCACUCAGACGGUGGGCGGGGUAGACGGGAAGCUGUACAUAGGCACAACUCGUAGCGCCCUCUUAGAGGGGUCACUCCAGCUCAAGUUCAGAUACAUCGUUCAGGGUCAUAGUGACGGGGUAUGGGGCGUAGUCCCGCAUCCGUUCGAACCCACGUUUAUUUCGGCCGGGUUCGAUCAGGUCGUGUACAAGUGGUCCCUCGUAACCCACAAAGUCAUCUGGAGGUCAAAGGUCGAGGCACCGUGUACCGCCCUCGCCGUCGAUCACCGUCACGAGCUGAUUUCCGCCGGUACUGCCGACGGUACCUUCAUCAUCCUGAACGCCUACAACGGCAUGCACGUCGCCACCGUGCAGGUCGGAACGGAACCCGUGGGAUGUCUCGCAUUUUCUCCAGACGGCAGUUACCUAGCCAUGGGGACUAACGACGGCAUCAUCAGCAUAUUCGCCAUCCACGACCGCGGUCAGACGUACCGGAAGUUCAACAUGGCGCUCAGGGGUCAUAACACCGGCGUGGCUCAUCUCGACUGGUCAUCCGAUGGACGAUGUAUACAGAGUGUGGCAUUCGACAACGAACUCAUUUUCUGGGAUAUUGACAGCAUACAAAGGAUUCAGACGCCACGUGUGAUGCGAGAUGUUGACUGGUUUACAAACACGUGCCACGUGUCCUACAGUCUUAUAGGCCCCUGGUCCAACCUGGAGAAGGGCGAGACCCUGAAGGUGGUGAAUAGGUCCAGUUACCGGGACACGGUAGUGACAGGGGACUCCAGGGGCCGCGUCCGGCUCUACAAGUAUCCCAGCUCGAAGGAUAAGGCGGAAUUCCGAGGUUUGCGCGUCUACAGCAGUGACGUCACGGCGGUGGCGUUCACCCCUGACAACCGUGCGCUGCUCACGUGCGGAGGCCUUGACGCUGCAAUGAUACAAUGGUCCUUGGUGGACGACUGAUGAACGGAACUCCGGUGCGCAUAAGGUGGUGUCCACCACGAGCGGCGAAGCUCUUGUCAAAUGCAAUCCAUACAUCGGAAGAUCUAACACAUUUUAAAUUUGUUUAACCACCGAAAUUUAUUGUGUUUUUGUGAAGUUAAUUUAAGCAAUUAGUUUACUAUUUAUUUAUACCCGCCGCGGAUCGGGAUUAAUGAAAUGAAUGUCAUUUUAACGUCUGUCCUUUCCGUGUGCACUUCACGCGUUUCUGAAAUACAUUCAUGAAACUUUAGUAAAUUGUGAAUAUCAUGGAGACGAUGUUCACAAGAAAUGGGUCAUUGAAGCCACCUCAAGGUCGAGUUAUACCCUGAAUGUUUAACAUUACAGUCUGCAUUUUAAUGUCCGUUUUUCGUUUCUUUAUCACCAUUUGAAAGAUUGCGUGACCCUUUAAACAUAUGCAUAGAUAAUUAAGUCAAUGUGCUGAAGGUAUCAACCAAAAGCGACAACUCAAUGUAAGUCUAUGUUACUCUAGGUUAAGGUCGAACUUGAAGGUUGAAUGUUUGAGCCUGUUUAUUCAUACUCAUUUAAUAUCUCAUGUGCCAUUGAAAAGAUUAAAAUGAAACUUUAUUCAUUUUUUCAUCUCGUGGAGGAAAUAUGCGGAAAUCAUUCCAUAUCACUGUCUAUGUCACCUUUUCAUGGUCAGAAGGGUCACAGCGGAAGAUAUAGCAUCCUAUUGAUUGUCUUGGCAAACGGAAACACGCAACUCGACUAGAUCAUUACGCAACAAGAACAACAGGAACUUUGUCAUAACUUUUCUAAAAAUUGCUAAAAAGGCUCAUUGUGCAAUGCUGGCAUAGUUUUGUUUACCGUUCAGUUGCUUUAAUUGAGAUGUCUCUGUUUUUCUUGGAACCAUUGCGACCAGCGUCUGUGCAUAGCACUAAGGAAAAGAUCUUUCCUGAUGGGUCUGGAACGUCGCCUUAUUAACCCAUUUAUGCCUAGUGGACUCUCCUAUCCUUCUAAAUUGGAUCAAUUUAUUUCCAAAAUUAGGGAUAUCUAGUAUAUUUAUUUCUAUAUUUAGAAUAUUUCUUACAGAAAUUCCUAUGAGCAAACAGCGCAGCCCCUUUUGAGACGCCGCAUCAUGUGGCGUCUCAUCUGGAUCUACGCUGUUUGCCAAGGCCUUUUUUCUACACGCUCGGUAUAAAUCGUUAAGAGCUGCAAAGGGCUGUUCUCAAAGGCAUUUCUGCGUGACAGGUUUCGUCUAUGUUAAAGAUGAUGUAUAUGCUAUAUAAAUACAAAUUCACAACGUUUUAUUUGAUGUUAUGAUUCAUUGAUUAAUUAUUAUAUGUUGACACAUAUUUCUUUUUUAUUGACUUUGAUUUCAAGGGGGGAGGGGGGCUAUCGUUCGCAGAAUGUAUUAGUUUUUAUUUGUUUUUUUUUAAUUCGUUAUUUACUUUUAUAUAUGUCCUUGUUGUAAUGUAUAUUAAUAUUUAUUGAUACUGUCAUCUCUUAGUAGUUAUUUUUCUUGCAAUUUACUCUCCAUAAAUAUAUAUGUGUUGUAUAUUUAUUACUCCUCAUGCAACGUAAAACUAUGUGAUUCUGUUUCAACCUAACAAUACUGUGAUAUGUGUUUAUUGUAAAGUUUAAUAAAUAUUUUUCAUGA